UUUGUUCCAGUUUAAGUGAAUGAAUGAGGGAGAGCCUCUUCUCUGAUGUGUAGGGAUGUUGUGGUUCACCUUCAGAAUGUGCUGGAGUCCAGUCUGUGCCAGAAGCAGGCUUUGAAGCAUGUGCAUAUACUGAAAAACUGAAUGGAAAGUUAAGGUACUGAUGUUGUAGUCUUGCUGCUCCUCUACUUUGAGUCAGUAUGUCGAAGAAAUCCAAGGCUUCGCUUUCCUUGUCGGACUGCCUCUGCCAGAUUUGCAUGGAGAUCUUUGUGGAGCCUGUGACACUGCCAUGCAACCAUACCCUCUGUAAUUCGUGUUUCCAGCUGACAGUUGAGAAGGCCAGCCUCUGCUGCCCAUUUUGCCGGCGCCGAGUCUCUUCUUGGGCACGGUACAACGCCCGCAGAAACACUCUGGUCAACUGGGAACUCUGGGAAAGGAUUCAGAAGAAUUACCCAAAGGAGUGUGAGCGCAGGAUCAACGGGCAGGAUUUGGAAGAGGAAAUCUGUGUCCCCCAUCCACAACACCAGCUGAGCAAGCCUGGGGAAUUGAGGCAAGAAUACGAAGCAGAGAUUAGUAAGGUGGAGGCAGAAAGGCGAGCACAUGAGCAAGAGGAGAACAAAGCAAGCGAGGAAUACAUUCAAAGGCUUCUGGCAGAGGAGGAAGAGGAGCACAGACUGGCAGAAGAGAGACGGAGGGAGAUGGAGAAACAGCUGAAGCAAGAUGAAGAGUUGGCCUGGCAGCUGAGUAACAGUCUGAAUGAUGAUUCUAGUGGACGUGUGCUCAGCAGUCCUUCACCAGCAGGCAGACUCCGCUGUGAAACAUCCCCAGCUGAUUUGUGCAAAAUGAAGACCAAAUCAAGCAACUGUGGAGACAUUCAGAAGUACUUGUCUCCAAAGCUUCAUCCUACACUGGGAUCAGGAUCAUUCUCCUCUGCUCUAACAGCAAGAGACAGGAGUGACUGUGGCUCUUUGGAGACCAGUAGCAAUGAAGGCAGUAGUUCUGCAUGGCAAGACAAGCAAGAGGAAAUGCCAACACUGUCUCCACAGCAGCCCAGUGAGGUUAAAGAUUCCAGUACUAAGGAUUUGUUUCUGGAAUCAUGCAUGAACUAUUUCAGUGCUUCAGGGGAAACUGCUGCUGUCAAGGAGGAAAGGACACCCAGAUCAAAUUGUCCAGGAGACAACAUUCCAGAAGUCCUUCAUGGAAUCACAGAGGGGGAAGAGUCUAGAACAGCUCUUUGUAGAUCCACAGGAGAAGAUGAUGGAGUUGAGUCAGACAGUGGCUAUUUAACACAUAGAGAAAGCAUAAACCAUGAAAACCCUGCUGAAACUUCUACCUGUAUUCAGUCAGUAACAAAUCCUGUGAUGUCGGACAGCAAAAGUGUUACAUGUGAUGUCAUGAAGGUGACUGGAUGUUCAGAUGAAGAGAAACCAGAAGGACUGCAGAACACUAAGGAGACUCCAAAAAGAAAGUCACUGGAGCCACCAGCUGAAGCAGUGGCUGACUUGUGUGUGGUUGGUAAGAGGAGAAGAACAUUUCCUGAAAGUUCUGAAGAGCAAGGGGAGCAGAUAAAUUGUUUUAGCUUGCAGAUGCAGAAAGCCUUUGAGCAAGAGCUCCAAGAAAGGCGCAUGCAAGAAGAGCAGGACAGGCUUCUGGCUCUGCAGCUACAGAAACAGCUCGAUAAGGAGGAAGGGACACCUAAUCGACAAAAAGGCUCUCCAGAUGAGUACCUCCUUCGCACCAAACCAUGGCAGUCUGUGAAAGACUCUUCUGCUAGAAAGGGAAGUUCUAAGGUGGCAAAAGACUCAAAGGUCCAAAAGAACCAGGCCGAAACAAGCCACCGCAAGACUCGGAAAGGUUCUUGCAAUGAAAACUGGCAGACCCCCACCAAAGCCCGAGUGAAACCACCUAGCACCAAAGGAGGGAAAGUUUUGAAUUGUGUGGUUAAUACCAGUGACACAAAUGAUCUUUGUUCACUACCUAAGAAUAAGCAAAAGACCAUUCUUCAGAUGUUUAAGAGCUCUGUCACAGAGUAGAUCAGCAGAACCACAGACAAGCGAUGGAACAAGAAUUAAAGCCAUGGCGAUGCUUUCUCUGGUAUUAAGCAAAU